AAAUGAUCGCGGUUAUGAAUAAUUUGUGAUCGUUUUUUUCAUAUUUGAUUCAAUAAUAUUUUACGUGUAUAUUGCUUAUCGAGUCACAUAUAAGGAAACAUUUAAGUUAAUUAUACUAACGUUCAUGUUUAUUUUCGUUUUCUUUAAUAUUUGCACUGAUAAAUAUAAUGUAACAAAAUACAAUAGACUUGAGCGGGUUCAAUGUUAAAUUGUUUUUAAAUCAUUGCCACGGAAUAAAAUAUUGUAGGAUCAUUUAAUGACAAACAGAAAAAGUCUGUGCAAGUGACAAACUAAGGGCAUUGAUAAACAUAUUAAGUUUUAUACGAAAGUGUUUGACCAAAAAUAAUGUCGAAAAGGCAAAAUUGUAAAACUCUUAUGGAUUACUUAAUCAAUUUUGUGUCUAGGAUUAAGUAUAUACUACAUUCAUAUAAAUAUAUUCAUAGAAAGAAGAGAAAUCAAACGACUAGGCAAAUAAGUAUAACAAAAUAAACUUCAUAAUUUGCAAACCGCUAUUUUCAAUGUAUAGUUGCAUCGUCAAUUUAUAUGAGUUUAUCUCUGAAUUUGUUCGAAUACAUUAACCUACAGCAAAGGAAAUCAUAAUCUCAUAUAAACCAAAAACAGUAAUACAAACACAAAUUGUAUGCAGCAAUUUCUUUUGCAUAAUUUGCAAUGGUGUCGUCUUUUACAAAACUGCAGGUAACGUAGCGAUCUAUCUUUGGCUAUUAGCAUAUUAAAUAGGCUUUGCGAUAUGUAAAUAAAUUGCACAUAUUGCACGUAUAUGUUGACAAUGUAGGUAUAUAAAAGAAAAUCUAAUUGUAAAGUGUGUUCAGUACUAUAUCCAAUUCACUAUCAUGAAUCGAAAUAGUGUUUAUGUUUUGGUUAGCUGCCAUAUUAUGUUACUAGUUGUGCAAUUAACUUCUGCGAAACCAAACACUGCUGGAAAAUUCAACAUUGAAGAUUUUGAAAAUUACUUAAAUGAAAUCCAUGUUGAUGACGAAGCGGCUGAAGAUAAGACGCGUAACGCUGUGAAUUCGCCGUUACAACGCUGGCCAAGCAACUUGCUAUACUACACAAUCUCCACUGAUUACAGCAAGGAUGAAGUUGAUAAUGUUCACGCGGCAUUAUUGGUAUUUAAUGAAAGUACAUGCCUGAAAUUUAGAGAGUAUGAUGUACGGCAAGAUGGAAUGUUAAAGUACAUUAACUAUAAAAAAUCUUCGGACUUGUGUGGUACAAGAGUUGGUUUUAACCCUUUAACACCAACAGGACCUCACGAUGUGAUCCUAAAUCCCUACUGUUUAAGUGAACGUGGUGUUAUACAACAUGAAACUUUGCAUGCUCUUGGUCUCUACCACGAACAGAGUCGUUCAGAUCGCAAUAAAUAUGUAAAAAUUGAGUAUUCCAAUAUUCCUCAAAAGUAUUGGUCGCAGUUUAUCGCCUACCCCGAAAUAUACACCAAUACCUACAAUGUAUUGUACGACUAUGAAAGUCUGAUGCAUUAUUCGGAGUUUGCUUUCUCAAAGGAUCCUACGAAACCAUCAAUGCGCGCAAGAAGUGGCAAUUCGGUAACAGAUCGUAAAAUGGGGCAGAUAGUUGGUCCAUCGGAAGGAGAUUUGAAAAAAAUUAAUAUCAUGUACAAAUGUAAACCAUUAAAAUAAGAAAAUGACGCAUUUGUUAAAUUAUGAAUUGAAUUGAAAAGUAAAUAUUAGCGUUUUUUUGUUCCUGCUAUAAGCAUACAUGAAUAAAAGUUUUAGUUUUUGAGCAGCAAGAAAAUACCUUUUUGGUAAUGCACAAAAGCGUAAUUUUCUUGGCUUUUUAGAAUCUUGUAAGUUUGUCAUAUAUAAAUAUACAUAUUGACAUAAAUGCAUAUGUAUGUAAAUAAAAAAAAUAUUAUACACCGUUCAGUUAUGCGAUAACGUUUUGACGCAAAUAAUAUUUGUAUGAAUCUACAAUAUUAAAUAAAAUGUAAAGGUUUUAUUUAUAAUACCUAUAUUCUUCGUAACUUUGAUUUUUAUUAACUCUAAUUUUUCUAAUUUUCAACUUUUAAUAUGUGUUUCAUGACAAUAGAACCUUUCCAUUACAGUAAUAUUCUUAUAAUUCCUUACACAGUAAUCAAUACUGUUUCUGCUAAAUGUUUUCUCACUCACUACUGACAUUAGAGGAUAGGUAAAUAACAGAAAUCUAAUCAUAUUUGACAAAAUUAAAAAUAAAUA